AUGGAUGUAGCAAUCAGACUUGUGAGGUAUGUAAAAAGGUCACCUGGUUUUGGGAUUCUUCUAUCAGCUAACUCUUCUAUAGAUUUGACUGCAUUUUGUGAUGCUGAUUGGGCUUCAUGCCCUAAUACUAGAAAGUCUAUCACAGGUUUUCUUGUUAAAUUUGGUGAUUCCCUAAUCUUAUGGAGAUCCAAGAAGCAGUCCACUAUAUCGAGGAGUUCUACAGAGGCAGAAUAUAGAAGCUUGGCUUCUACUGUUGCUGAAAUUGUAUGGCAGAUCAAUUUGUUCAAAGUAUUAGAUAUUCCUGUUUCUCUACCUGUUCCUAUACAUUCCGACAGUAAAUCUGCCCUUUAA